UUGGUGUAUCCUUACGACUUCAGGCUAACAGAGAAAGAGAAAACCAGUAUCUGCUACUUGUCCUUCCCAGACUCCUACUCAGGUGGCCUGGGGGACACUCAGUUUAGCUUCCGCCUCCGUCAGUCCGGGGGACAGAGGAGCGCUCCUUACGAGGACGAUGGCGGGUACAACAGAGAAGCACCCCUCACGCUGCAGCGGGAGGCAGCUCAUUACUUCGGUUACGUGUACUUCAGGCAAGUCAAGGACAGCUCGAUGAAGAGAGGCUAUUUUCAGAAGUCUCUGGUGCUGGUGUCACGCCUUCCAUAUGUGAACUUGUUCCAGUCGUUGCUGCAGCUGAUCGCUCCGGAAUACUUUGACAAGCUGGAGCCGUGCCUGGAGGCAGUGUGCAACGAGAUUGAUCAGUGGCCGCCUCCUGCGCCGGGACAGACUCUGAACCUGCCGGUGAUGGGAGUUGUCAUUCAGGUGAGGAUCCCAUCGAGGGUGGAUAAGCCGGGAUCAAGCCCAGUGAAGCAGUUCAAUCAGGAGAAUCUGUUACCGGCCCCCCUGGUUCUCCCCAGUAUCCACGAACUGGAUCUUUUCAGGUGUUUCCAGCCCGUGCUAAUUCACAUCCAGAUGCUGUGGGAGCUGAUGUUACUUGGCGAGCCGGUUGUUGUCAUGGCACCAUCUCCUACGGUUUCUUCAGAAAUGGUUCUGGCUCUUACCAGCUGCCUGGCUCCUCUGCGGUACUGCUGUGACUACCGCCCCUACUUCACCAUCCACGACAGCGAAUUUAAAGAGUACACCACCCGGACACAGGCUCCGCCAAACAUCGUUGUGGGAGUCACCAACCCUUUCUUUAUCAAAACCCUGCAGCACUGGCCGCACAUUCUUCGGGUGGGGGAGCUCCGAAUGUCGGGAGACCUGCCCAAGCAAGUCAAGGUGAAGAAGCCAGCGAAACUAAAAACCCUGGACACAAAACCGGGAAUCUAUACUUCUUAUAAAACAUUCCUUCACAAAGACAAAACCCUGAUAAAAAGAUUACUAAAGGGGAUUCAGCGGAAACGCCCAUCUGAAGUCCAGAGUGCCCUUCUGAGGCGUCACCUCCUGGAGCUCACCCAGAGUUUCAUUAUCCCCCUGGAGCAUUAUAUUGCAAGUCUGAUGCCUCUGCAGAGGGCCAUUACUCCAUGGAAGAAUCCUCCGCAGAUCCGUCCUUUCCGCCAGGAAGAUUUCAUGAAGACCCUUGAGCAUGCUGGUCCUCAACUCACCUGCGUGCUGAAGGGCGACUGGUUGGGACUCUACAGGUAA